AAAAAAAAAAUCACAAAAGCCGGCUGCCGCCAAAACAAAACAAAAACACUGCGGGGCUCUAUCUGUGCAACGCAAAAUUCGCAGAAAAAACCAUCACACCACAUCCAGCCAUGUCUGAGGGUGAGGCAGCGCGCCCGAAGCCUCGCGUCGACAUCGAGUAUUGCAAUGUGUGCAACUCGAAACCGCAGUGCCUGGAGCUGGCCGCCCUGAUACGGGAGCAGAUCCCGGAGGCGGAGGUGGUCUGCCGCACCGGGCGGCGCGGCUCAUUCGAGGUGCAGAUCAACGACACGCUCGUCCACUCCAAGCUGGGCUCGCUUGCUUUCCCGCGCUACGAGGAGGUGGUGCAGAACGUGCGCAACGCCCGGGACGGCCUUCCCGUGGCCAAGGUGGCGGAGCAACCGAUCACGGACUGUGUGCUGCAGUAGUGCUGGGGCAAGCAAAGAGAGCCAGAGAGAUGUGAGGUGCUGU